GAUAUUUCGCAUCUUUCUCGCUCGUGUCGCAGGAUCGCCAGCACUGCAUAUUACGGUCGCGAUCAUACGAGUCUGAGAAAGAUGCGAAAUGCUGUGAGAUAUUUCAUCAUUAAAAUAGGCUUUCACUCGCCAAGAAUAAAAACCCAAGUACAUCCAUAGGGUGUUGAUGAAGCCCGCCACUGUGAGAGCAGCUCGGUGUGUUCAUAAAAUGGGCUGCGAGAUUUAAUGCCUCAUUAUUUCCCCCCUUCGCCCAGAGAGAAUGCAACUACGCCUUGCAAGCUUUUGUCAACAACUGCAUAACCUUAAUAGUUCGUAUUCACCUUGUGUCGUCUGUGGUAAUAAUGGAAGAAAUUAAUGUUUUAACGGAAAGCUUAAUUAAAAUCGAGGACGUUAAAGAAGAACCGGCCGAUACGAAAGAACAUUGCUGGAAUACAUUUGAGGAGUUUGAGCCUCCAAUUGCCGUAUCUCUUGAAGAUCCUCCAGUGAAGCAAGAAACAGCUUGUAGUGACGAAGAGAAGGAACCGCAUUCGUCGUGGCGUGAUAGUGUUUGCGGUGCUGAAAUAAAACAAGAUACCACUUCAUGUUCCCCAGAUGGAGAGAGUUUUGCAUCAGAUAAAGACUCCAAAACCCAGCCACGCCGGAGUAAAAGUGCGGCUUCGGAUUGCAUCCAUAAGAGUAGCUUUUCUGAAUAUGGCCAGACCAUGGAUGGCAGGCUCGCGCACACAAACGUGCGCAUUCUCACUGGCAAAAAACCUUUUCAAUGUUCCGUUCAGAAUACUCAGAAGUGGACCGCGCAGCGACACAUGCGUCCCCAAGCUGAUGAGAAAUGUUCCAUCAGUGAGAAGGCGAUCGUUAAAGAGGGAGGCUCGCGUGAUCACUUUCUCAACCGCACGAAUGAAAAGGUUUUUCAGUGCUCCGUCUGCGGGAAGGCAAUCACUCGUAAACGGAACUUGCAGAUACACAUGCGCAUCCACACGGGUGAAAAGCCCUUUCAGUGUUCCUUCUGUGAAAAGAACUUCUACAGAAGAGAGGACUUUGAUAACCACUUGCGCACCCACACUGGGGAAAGGCCUUUUCAGUGUUCCAUCUGCGAGAAGAGGUUCACUCAAAACCGGACCUUGCGUGGCCACAUGCUCAUCCACACCGGUGAAAAGCCUUUUCAGUGUUCCAUCUGCGAGAAAGCAUUUACUCUAAAGUGCAACUUGCUUACUCACAUGCGCACCCACAGCGGUGAAAAGCCUUUUCAGUGUUGCAUCUGUGAGAAAGCGUUUAGUCUGAAAAAUAUCUUGCAAAAACACAUGCGCAUUCAUAUGGGUGAAAAGCCUUUUCAGUGUUCCUUCUGUGAGAAGACUUUCUAUGAAAAGAAGGUCUUGGAUAACCAUUUGCGCACCCACAGCGGCGAAACGCCUUUUCAGUGUUCCGUCUGUGAGAAGUCGUUUACUUUAGAGAAUAACUUGCGCACAUGCGUGUCCAUAUGGGUGAAAAUCCUUUCCAGUGUUCCUUCUGUGAAAAGACCUUCUACAGAAAAGAGGACUUUGAUAAUCAUUCGCGCUCUCACGCCGAUUAAAACAUAUUUUCUGCGUUCCAACUGUGCGAAGACGUGUCACACAAUUUAAUACAUCACUUCUGCUUCUUACGGUCUCAUUGAAUGGAAAAUAUCAAAAAAAAUCCAGAAAGCUCUAUUGGGAGCACAAGCACAUUAAAGGAUGUAAAAUAUGCUGAAAAAAGUUGAAAGAGCAAGGCGUUUUUGAGCUGUGGACACCGGACCCCGGUGACAGGCGGUUAUGUGGUUUGUGCUCUCUCCAUCACUUCCCUCAAUAGCUUGCACGUGGAAUUGAUGUUACAACUAGAGACUUUAAGCUUAAAAAUGUAAUCAUGUUUGCUCGCCACGAAUAGUAGGUUCAUUUGUUUUGCAACUUGGCUAUGAUUUCUAACAGUGCUUGAAGAUACUUUAGCACCGAUUAUGUCAAGCGUGGAGUCACACCAUUUCAUCAUGUGACUCAUAUGUCAAUGUGAUCUUUUUUUAAACUCUAAAAAUGAUUUUAUUAAUUAACAAUUAGACACCCCUAGGAUGAUAUGGUGAAAUGUGAAUUUGAAAUUCACGAGUCUAAAUGUAACUCGUGGAAUAUUGUAUGGUCAUAGAGAGUGUUUAUAAUUAAAUUCGAGUACGUCAAAACAAUAAAGCAGGUAUUUUUCUAAAUCUGUUUAUAUAUGUUUAUUAGAUCGCUUUUCAUUCGUACCUUAUUUCCU